UCAGUUCCACUUCCACAUCAGCUGUCAAGAAAAUUUGUUGGUCAUAUUGAAAGUUCAUGAAUUAUGUGUUUUUUUUAAAAUUUAUUGCUGAUCUUAUUUAUACGAUUUAAAAUUUAUUGUAAAUGCAUAUCAAUGAACGCUAGUGAUAACCACCAAAGUUUAAUUUCGAACCGAAUAGACCGCAUAAGUAGCUGAAUUGUAGUGUCUUCUUUACAAGCACAACCAACUGUUGACAUACACGUGUCCCUGCGGAAUUAUUAUUUCACAUGCACUAAUGUGUUGUAAUCUGAAAACUUUAUUAUGAGAAACACACUCCAAGAGAUUUAUAAGUGAAGUUUGUUUAUUAAGAAAAUAAAAUAAGUAUGUCUGAUUUGGGAGAUUGGUUUCGAUCAGUACCUUUCUUUACAAGGUACUGGUUGACUUUAACCGUGGGAUUUACGUUAGCCGGACGAAUAGGAAUAUUUCGGCCGCAUACUAUGAUCCUUUUAUAUGAACCAUUGACACGGUUUCAGAUAUGGAGGUUGUUCACAUGUUUAUUUUAUUAUCCUCUUAGUCCGGGAAGUGGAUUUCAUUUUUUGAUUAAUUUAUAUUUUCUCUACAAUUAUUCUCGUCGAUUAGAAACUGAUCAGUACAGUGGUAAACCAGCCGAUUAUUUCUUUAUGCUGAUUUUCAAUUGGAUUUGCUGCGUGAUUGUCGGUUUAAUCGCAGAAAUACCGUUAUUACUCGAUCCUAUGGUGUUAUCGAUUCUGUACAUUUGGUGUCAACUUAAUAAAGAUGUAAUUGUUAAUUUCUGGUUCGGAACAAGAUUUAAGGCGAUGUAUUUGCCAUGGGUGUUAUUAGCAUUUAACAUGGUCAUUUCCGGUGGUGGUCUGUACGAAAUAAUUGGUAUUCUGAUUGGCCAUCUAUACUUCUUCCUGAUGUUUAAAUAUCCCCAAGAGCUCGGAGGGCCAGUAUUACUCCAGACGCCAUCUAUUCUUAAGGAGUGGUUUCCAGACAAUUUCGGAGGAGUGCAUGGAUUCGGACAACCUCCUCAAAGAGCUCCACGUCCUCCUCCCGCUACUAGAGGUGGUUUAUUUAGAGGGGGACACAAUUGGGGUAGAGGGAAUGUUCUUGGGGGAAAUUAGUGUGUGAGUGUAGAAUGGUCACAUUGUUAAUUUUAUUUAAUCCAUUUUUUAAAUAAAUGAUUUAGGUUAAUAUC